AUGCCGAGAGAUCAUGAUCCCAUCACUCCGCAGGAAGGACUAGACAUUGUCGAAUUUGACGUCCCCGUGAGAGACGACACUCCCAUCACGCUCCGCACGUACAGACGAACCGCCAAUCGCGACGAUGCCCUCCCUCUGCUGGUGUACAUGCACGGCGGCGGCUACGUUUUUGGCGGCCUUGAGACGGAUGAUUCAACUUGUCGAGCAAUUGCCCUAGAGUUAGGCAUCGUUGUUGUCAAUGUCAAGUAUCGACUCGCUCCCGAGCACAAGUUCCCCAUCGGCUUUGAAGACUCCUUUGACAUUGUCCGCUGGGUAAAAGGUCAAAGCAAACUCAACACCGAUCUCGCCAAGGGCUUCAUCCUGGGUGGAACGUCAGCCGGUGCCAACUUUACCGCCGGCAUCUCGCACUUGGCCCGCGACGAAGGUCUCUCGCCAAAGAUCACGGGUGUUGUCUUUCUUGCUGGUAGUUUCUGCCAUCCUGAUGUGCGACCAAAGAAGUACCUAGACCGCAUCCUGAGCGUCGACGAGAUCAACGACGCGCCUGGCCUAACCAGGAAGUCAAUCGACUACUUUUCAGAAAAGUACGGUGCUCCGCCAGAAGACAAGCGUCUCUCGCCUCUGUUGUUCGACUCACACGCAGAUAUUGCCAAGAAGGCCUACUUUGCCAUCUGCGGAUGGGAUCCUCGACGAGAUGAAGCGCUACUUCUGGAUCAGAUUCUCCAGGAAGAAGGAUUAUCCACCAAGAAGCACGUCUAUCAAGGACUGCCUCAUGGUUUCUGGACCACCUGUCCUGAUCUAUCUGUGUCCAAGAAAUGGUUGGAGGAUUUGCUUGAGUGGCUGCGCUGGAUGAUCAAGUAA